AUGUCUAACACGAAAAAACUUAAACCUGGAGGAACAAGAGUAUAUUGCUCGGCCUGUAACUGCUCUAAUAGCAAGGGGUCCCGUCCAGAACUGAGCUUUUUCCGUUUUCCAUCUGACCCCAAAAGGUAAUAUUUAUGUACAAUGUCUUCAUUUUAAUAGAUCAUGAUUGUUACAAAAAUAUGCAACAGUCCAUAAAAAAUUAUAAAAUGGAAUAAACUUUUAUAUUAAUGUAGAUCGAAAGAGUGGGUCGUUUCGUGUCGACGUGAAGAUCUUUUGAUCAAAACCUCAGAGUAUUUAUACGCCAAUUGCAGAUUGUGUUCGGAACAUUUUGAGGACUGUAUGUUUGUUAACCCGUCAAGAAAAAACCGGUUGAAUAACACCGCGAGGCCUAGCAUUUUUAAUGUGAAAAAUCCACCACCAAAACUGGGUCGUAAACGUCGCAUCUUAGACAGAAACGAAGACCUGUUACCAUCAAAAGGUAAAGAGGUUGCUUAUUGA